AUGAACCAAAGGUGUUUGACACAAUCAAUAACUCCUUCAAAAGGGUGCAAAAAGUCGAUUCCAAAAGAUGUGUUCACGCUAGCCGCUUCUCCAAGGAUUCCCAACCAAGAAGGCCAUUGUAAAGAUGAACAAGAAGACUCAUUAGCAAUGCAGAGUGACAAUGUGAAGCAAAACUUGAAGUACAGGUUUAGUGAUUCUAUGGCUAAGAAGGACACAAAAGCAUUUUCAUCAAUUGUAUCAAAUAGUUUGAAGGAAUGCAUCUUUUGCUUUAGUAACCAACAAUCACAGAUUAUUUCUCCAGGUAGUAACAGUCCUGUCCCUCGGUUAUCAGAUAAUCUGCUGCAGGGGAUUGUCAAGAAGAACCUUGAUAAAUACCUCACAAGUCGUGAAUACUACAACGGAAAGGUAGUCACAGAUAUAAUUUAUAAUGAAAACACAAAUCUUGUAUCUAUCUUCAAGGAUUACUUGAUAAUGGAUGAUAUUAGUGAAUUCCUAAAAAGGUUUUACACACAUAAGGAAAGCAUUGAUCGGAUUCCAAAGGUUGUCGAUUUUUAUGAGAAGUACAGCAAAGUUUUCCCCAACUAUAUCCGCAUUCCUGAGAACAAGUUUAUGUUCAAGAAUAUCGAGCGCAAACAGCGCUAUAUUGAUGAGAGGCAACGCAUCUCUCAAAAGGUCAAGAGCCAGCGGAAUGACAAGGAAAGAAAGAAAAAAAAGUACUACAACCCAGAUGAGUACUCUAUUGAUUUAUUUAACAGAAAUAAAAUAUUUACAAAGUCUUUCGAGAGAUCUAUGCUUAGACUAGAUCAGGAGUCUGUCUUACAAAGAGGAACAAGGGAUAUCCCUCAGCAGCUUGACGAGCUUGUUGAUAAAUUUUGUGAAGCUGACAGCCAAGGUUCUAGAGUUAUCGAGAACUCUAGUAUUUCAGUUGAUUUUUCAAUCUCGAAUACUCAUGAGGAAUCGUUUAAUAAUAAGUUUAAGAAGAAUCAAGUUAUGCCAGAUUUCGGAAGCUGAUAUAGUCCUUCCGAGCCCAAAGAAAAAAUUUCAGGCUUUAGAUCCCGCUUAGAGGGUAAAAAUAGUGUGAUACAGUUGGUUAAUCAUAAUCUCCAUGACUUUGUAACAACUAACUUCAACGUGAACAAAAAGAAUUUUAGUGAGAAAUUCAAAGGUUUAAAGCAAAAAUUUCAAAAAUCUAGUGUGCAGAAAGGCACAAUAAUGUCACAGACUCCUCGAGGAGAAUAUAGUAGCGCCCAUUCUCAGACUAACAAGUCUUCCACAAAGACAACAAUGAUCAAGAGCAAGAGCUGAAAGGAGAAAAAUUUCUUUUCAAAAAGGAGGGAUUCUAAGGAAAGGUCUACUAAGAAGAUUGCCAGUCCUGCUAAAACAAUCACCGAGCAUCUGUCUAAGCAUAAAUUUGACAAAGUUAACCUUAAGCAAUGGAAGAGUAAGAAGACGCUCUAAAAUUGCCGAAGGGAUCUACCAGUAAGGGCCAUCGACGGACUAAGACUAAUGUUGAUGAUGUCCUGUUGAGUAAUCGGAUGAUAAACAAACCUAUCUUCCAAAACAACAACCAUUUAUUUAGUGUAAAAGGGAGUUCAAAUUCAAAGCCACAAAUCGCAAUACCAAAAAGCAGAGGAUUCAUGAGCAAGAAAAGUUCUGAAGAUGGCCGCAUUAUCUUCAAGACUAAGCGUAACCCUUCUAUCAAGAAGGUGAGGCGCUUCUCACAGGAUAAUAUUGACUCUAACAAAGCUCUGGAAGGCCAUCGCAAGAACACCAACUCUUUAAAGCUUGACCAAGAUGACCUGAAGAGAAUGCUGAUGGAGCGGAUGCAUAAGCGUUACAUCUCAACGAAGGAUUCUGUCGAUCCGAAGGCUGCCGAGAAAGUUGAAACGUAUGCAAAAACACAGAGGCACUUCAGAAAGUCCUCCAAGAAAGUAUUGACCAAUCGGUCAAUUGGCUCGAAGAAGAAGUAUUGGAGAAAGAGAAGAUCUAUGUAAGCCGAAGUCGAGUUCUGGUCUAAUUUUAGUAAAAAUUAGCAUAUUUU